GAGAGUGAGUUCAGGUGUAUCACUCAAUGACUGUCUGUUCUUCUGCUUACCGCUACAGUGUGGAACAUGGUGGAGAGAACACAAUGAAACCUGGGCUUAGAAAAUAUGUCCGUGAUCUUACACUGGACCUAAACACAGUAAACAGACUCCUCUCUCUGUCUGAGGAGAACAGAAAGGUGACAUGUAGGAGAGAGAAACAGCCGUAUCCUGAUCACCCAGAGAGAUUUGAGGACUGUGAGCAGGUGCUGUGUAGAGAGGGUCUGACUGGGCGCUGUUACUGGGAGGUAGAGUGGAGUGGGAGAGGGGCUGAUAUAGGAUUGACAUAUAAAGGAAUCAGCAGGAGAGGAAGGGGUGAUGACUGUUGUCUUGGAUACAAUAACAAAUCCUGGAGUCUGUUCUGCUAUGACAACAGUUACACUGCCUGGCACAAUAAUAAUCUCACUAUAAUAGACGUCCCCUCCUCCAGCUCCCACAGAGUAGGAGUGUAUCUGGACUGGCAAGCCGGCACUCUGUCCUUCUAUAGAGCCUCCUCUGACACACUGACCCACCUGUACACAUUCAUCUCCACAUUCACUGAGCCCCUCUAUCCAGGGUUUAGGGUUCAUUAUGAUGAAGACUCCUCAGUGUCCCUGUAAAUAAUAACCUGACACACACAAACACACACACAUUGGACACACAGAAUAGACACAUACAAACACUGUACACACAAACACAGGACACACACACACACACUGGACACACACACACAGGACACACACGGUGAACACACCGACACACAAACACAGGACACACACACUCACUGG